CGCGUUGCAUUUCCCCAACCGUUUCUUGUGACAUCUAUCUAUCCCCAGUUUCUCCCUUCCUCUGCAACUGGAUUUACUCUGUUUUCUUCCCGAGAUUCACCGCCAAUCGGGGAAAUUUAGCUCAUACGGUUUCUCGAUUUCAAUAGAUUGAACAAUUUCGAACCGGUUUAGGUUUCGGAUUUGAAAGGAGAAUUUCUUUCGGCAUGAAGAUGAAAGACGAGAUUCCUGGACACGAGGGGGAAGAUGAGGAGAUGAUGGACGAGAUUGCGGCAGCGCCUCAUAAAUACGCGGUGGUUGUCGGCUAUGCUCUCACUUCCAAAAAAACUAAGAGCUUUUUGCAGCCCAAGCUCGAACGUCUAGCUAGAAAGAAGGGAAUACUAUUUAUUGCUAUAGAUGAAAGUAGACCUCUUUCUGAACAAGGUCCUUUUGAUAUAGUGCUCCAUAAGUUAACAGGAAAGAAGUGGCAGAGUAUUCUUGAGGAUUACAGGAUGAAACAUCCAGAGGUGACAGUACUUGAUCCCCCAGAUGCAAUAGAGCAUCUGUAUAGUCGUCAAUCCAUGCUUCAAGAUGUUGCAGACUUGAAGAUGUCAGAUUCAUAUGGAAAAGUUUGUGUUCCCCGACAAUUGGUUAUUGAGGAUGAUCCUUCCUCAAUUCCAGCAGCUGUGAGUAAUGCUCAACUGAGAUUACCUCUUGUUGCAAAGCCAUUGGUUGCAAAAUCGCAUGAGUUAUCACUUGCAUAUGAUAAACUUUCCCUUCAGAAACUUGAACCACCCCUUGUGCUGCAAGAGUUUAUAAACCAUGGUGGGGUCAUGUUUAAGGUUUAUAUUGUUGGGGAAGCGAUUAAGGUGGUGAGACGGUUUUCAUUACCAGACGUUGGUAGACGCGAAGCAUCAAAGAGUUGUGGGGUUUUCCGUUUUCCAAGGGUUUCCAGUGCAGCUGCAUCUGCUGAUGAUGCUGAGGAUUUAGACCCUUCCGUUGCCGAACUUCCUCCACGGCCGUUGCUUGAGAGACUUGCUAGGGAGCUUCGUCGUCGACUGGGCCUUCGGCUCUUCAACCUAGAUAUUAUUAGAGAACAUGGAACCAAGGACUGCUACUAUGUUAUAGAUAUCAAUUAUUUUCCAGGAUAUGGGAAGAUGCCGGAAUAUGAGCACAUUUUUACAGAUUUUCUCCUCAGUCUAGUGAAGCACAAGUAGUAUAUACGUAGGGGGGUGGAAAAAGGAAAGCUAAUUGGAGUGGGCAUUUGAUCACUGCACGCCAAAGGGUAUUAUUAUUAUUGAAGCUGCCUGCACAAUAAGCCACCCUGUUUAUGUUCUAUUUUUCUAAAACCCAUUUCCACCCACUCUUUCCAUCUGCCAUGCCCAUUCCUUUCGUGGCAAUGAAUGGGUUUAUGUAUAUUUUUCUGAACUUUGCACAUUGACACUUUUUUUUUAAGUAGCUGUGGGUUCACAAAUUCGCUUUCUUUAAAACUGUGUUCGAGAGUGAAGGGGUAUUCU